UCCCUCUUUGUUCAAACAUCGUCACAAAAUCUGUUACAUUGUGAUUAAAAGCUGAAAUCUCGAUCUCGCAAGUUGGUGUUGAAAUAAGUGUUUAUUGUUAAAAAAGAUAAGACAUUUUCUGUGUGAAUGAAAAAGUCCUGGUUUGUAAAAAUGCUGAAGAAAAAGAAGAAGGAAGACAACGUUGAGCCGAACAUAUUGUCCCCCCCCAACUUAGAAAGGUCAUCCUUUGCAGAUACAGGAAACACCAUCUUUCAGAGGAGUACUUCCUUUCAAACACAAACAUCCACGUUUUCCUCACAAACAAGUGUUCAAAGAGUGGAGACUAAAAUUUCAGCUCGAUCUACUGGGACGCCUUUUCCUUUGACCCAGUCUACCACAUUUCGAUCAGUGGAAAACACGAGCCCGACCACAAAACAACUUCAAAUUAGAAAACCAUCGCUUCAAAUCGAUGCCAGACCUUUUGAUCACAGUAUUACCAUAGGUCAACCAUCCACCAGAACUAUUGGAUACCAGAGUCCUUUUCAGAGAUCUAGUACUGUCUAUUCUAGUCUGCGUACAACCACUCCUUCUCAGCAAAGAGUAAUUACACCAGCACCACCUUCAGUAACGAAUGGAAAUGAGAUUUCUCAGAAUAGAGAUCCUAGAAUUCCUACUUACAGUACCAGUGGGAGAAAAAGAGGUAAAGCGUUGAUAAUAAAUAAUAUAAAGUUCAUGAAGGACAAACAAGAACGCAAAGGUGCCGAGGUUGACGAGAAGAGGAUGUCGGAGAUGUUUAGGAAGUUCGGAUUUGAGGUUAAGGUUUACAGGAAUCUGAAACGAGCGGAAAUGAAUGAGAAAUUAAACAAAUUCAUAUCGGACAAGACGCUCGCCAGCGUCGACAUUUCUGCGGUAAUCAUGAUGAGCCACGGCCAUAACAGUCACAACGGAAAAAUCAUACGAGGCGGUUACACAGAGAUUGUGGGCAUCGACAAUGAAAGUUUACCCAUAGACGACGUCAUUGGCAGAUUCGACUCUGGGAAAUGCCCCGUGCUGAUGGGAAAGCCGAAAAUAUUUAUAUUCCAGUGCUGCAGGGGAGACAACCAGGAAGAAAUCCACGUUGAUGCAACCCCUAUAGUAAAAGUAACCAAACAACAUGCAGAUAUGCUUAUUGCAUUUUCAACGCUACCAGGUUUCUUUUCUCUAAGAGACCCAGUAAGAGGUAGCUGGUACAUUCAAAGCAUAUGCGAUGUAUUCGAACGGCACGCCAAAGAAUUCGAUGUGGAAACUCUGCUUAAAAUUGUCGACGAAGAACUGUCUAAAAAACACCCGCAGUAUCAGCAGACGUCGACAUAUGAAAGCCGAGGGUUCAAACGGUGUUAUCUGAACCCUCUCAGUUGACAAACUUCGAGAACAUGUCAAGAAAAUAGGGAUGUUCGAUAUUAAAAAAGCAUCGAUGUUGACAUCGAAACAAAAGUAACGAAGUACGAUGAAUAUCGAAAGGAAAUAUCGAUGUUUUUUUAGAUGUAAGAAUAAACAUUUCAAAAAUCAAAUUUAUUCAACAAUAUUAAGAAUCCCAUUCCAACCUUUUUCUGUUAUCUGAAAGCAACAAUACCACUCAAAUUCGCAAAAACAGCGUUCAAACUCGAAUCACGAGUAUCCGGCUCGAAGGACCAAAAUUAUGUUGAGUAUCAAUGUUCGUGGACUGUAUUUCCUGUGACAUGAGUUUGAAUGUUGUCCUUUUGCGCGAUUUUGGUGAAUAGAGAGAGCAAAUAUUUCUAAUUGAAUCGAACUGUGCUUACCUUGACUAUAAUGCAGGUGUUUUGGUUUCAAAUCUUGGUGGGCAAUAUUGUUACUCUGAAGACAUCUCACAGGAACACCCCCUCUUAUGUGUCACUUUGGCAGCUUCUCGAUCGACUCGUAUCUUCUCUCGCCCUCCCAAUCGUUUUUAACAGAAAAUCGUAUACGGGGGGUGCGCGAUAAACUCACAAAUGGAGGCAAGUACAGUAAUAACGCGGACUGGAUAUUAAAAGUCGAAAACGCUAGAGUGAGAAUAAAAAUAAUAAUAAAUCAAAUCCAAAUUAAUGGUAAAGACGGAACACUAUGUGUGACUUGAAUGUUUUUGUUAAACAUCGAUGUUUCUUUAACAUCGAUCAUCCCUACAAGAGAAGAAAUUAUGUUAUUUUUCUACAGCAUUGCCACUAAGACAAAAAUGCAUUCAUUUACGACAUUAUGAUUAUUAGUAUUUAUUUUUCUUUUUAGGUUAAGAAUACGGUUAUUUUUGAAAAACACUUUCUGUGUAUUGAAUAAAAAAUUACUUCUAACGGUCAAAGUUGGCAAAAGGGAAACAUUAUUGGAUGUUUAUUUCAAAACCAAACGAAAAUCAUUAUUUAUUAUUUGGAAAUGGGAUCGAUUUCUAAUUUAAUACGUCGACGUUACCCAAAAUUUAUUUGUAUCCUUAGAACAAUAAAAGGACAAAUCAUCGCAACAAAUACUACCAACAAGAGAUUGAAUUGAAAUAAUAAAAAUAAUUAAAGUUUUUUAUUGGAAAUGCCUUCAUUUUCAUGAUUUUUUCAGAUCUCAUCAGAUAAAUUUACUAUAUGAGAGUUUUCCACUGGAAAUCUUACAUUGAAGUGUGAUUUUUGAAUACAAAGAAAUUAAUUUUCCUUCCUUUCCCAGAAUAGUAAUGUUCAUUCAUUGCUGCAAUUUGUAUUUUUAGUGUCUUGAGGAUGGAAUAAAGUUUUCCAAACUUUGACAGAUUGGAAAUUUGACAAAUGGAAAAACUAAACAUUGGAACAUGAAAAAUUUACAACAUGGCUGCUUGAAUUGUUUUAUUAAAUAAAGAAAUAGUAGUUUAAACUCAAAAUUCAAGCCAAUUUCUUACCUUAGCCAAAAAGUAUCUCUUGCCAGCCUUGAUGGCUUUUUUUACUGUACUGUGGAACGGACUUUUAGAAAUUUUGUGGAAUGUUCUUUAAAACGCUGCAUUUGUAGAAUUGAAUAAAUUUUUUACUUAC